UCCUCCUUCUUUUAAUAUAUUUAGGGUUUUUGGAAUCUCCGGUCUUUUCCAAGCCACCUCCUUAUGACUACUACUUAAUUCGUGCUUCGAUUCUUGGGCUCGUUGAAAUCCUGGCAUUUCUUCGCUGCUCUUUUAUUGUUUGUUACAAGUAUUGAUGGUUCAGCUGAUGAAAUCCGGGAAUCUGCUUUCUGGCUCUGAAACGGCACCGUGCCUUGACAAGGUACCGGUGAAGUUGGAGAUCGAGGACCCCCUGGAAGAAGAGCAUGGGUCUCUUCGCAAACGUCUAAAACCUUCAUCUGAUCAAUUAGAGCAACUGAGUGCUUCAACACAUGCAUCUAUUAGCUCUCCUUCCCCAUUCAAUAUUCUUGAUGAGCCUAGCCCUUUGGGUUUGCGCCUUAGGAAGAGCCCUUCACUGUUAGAUUUGAUCCAGAUGAAGCUUUCCCAAGGUAGUAUAUCUAUUGCAAGUACACAAAAUGAAACUGUAAGCUCUGGAGUGAAGCAGGAGAGUGGAGGUGUUGCUGCAUCUGGUACUACUGACAAGCUUAAGGCUUCAAAUUUCCCAGCUUCACUUUUAAGAAUUGGUUCUUGGGAGUGUAAGUCAAGAUAUGAGGGUGACCUAGUGGCAAAGUGUUACUUUGCUAAACAUAAGCUUGUUUGGGAAGUUCUUGAAGGUGGGCUUAAGAGCAAAAUAGAAAUUCAGUGGUCAGACAUCAUGGCAGUUAAGGCAAAUUGUCCUGACAAUGGACCUAGCACAUUGACUGUUGUGCUUGCUAGACAACCUCUUUUCUUCAGGGAGACUAAUCCUCAACCUAGAAAGCAUACACUGUGGCAGGCAACGUCUGAUUUUACUGAUGGACAGGCUAGCAAGCAUAGGCAGCAUUUUCUGCAAUGCCCCCAGGGGAUGUUGACCAAGCAUUUUGAGAAGCUUAUUCAGUGUGAUGUGCGUCUCAAUUUCUUAAGCCGGCAGCCAGAGAUAAUUUUGGAUUCACCCCACUUUGAUUCACGGCCUUGUGCUUUAGAGGACCCCAGCAAUCUCAAAGAUCUCGACCAAUUUUCUGCCGCACCUUGUUUUCAGCACAGAGGGUCACCUCACGCAUCCCAAUCAUCGUUUAAGAUUGAACGCAAUGAUUAUCCUGUCAUGACAUUGGAUCAUCAAUCGCAAGAAGCACCUUCCCCCAGUUCAGGGAGUGGAAGUUCUGAAACCGAUUCGAAGCACCCAGGAAAUUUGGAUCAGAUAAUAUUUCCUGGACUCCACCCUUCUAUGUCGAUGAGUGAUUUUAUGAACCAUAUCGAACAGUGCCUUUCAGAACAAAUAACCUCCAAGAAUCCAACCUUUUCCAUUGGAAGACCAGAGUACAAGGAUAUUCUCGAAGACAUCACACAACAACUGCUCAAUGACAAUCAAGUUACAGCAGACUCAGAUGAGAAAUCGCUUAUGUCAAGGGUCAAUUCUCUCUGCUGCCUUCUGCAAAAGGACCCUUCAGUUUUGCAGAACUCAAAUAUAACCGAUGCAUCCACUGCUCAGGGCUCUCAAGGUGGAUCAGAUAUUCAACUCAACCACACACUUGUAUCGACACGGGACAACGAAAGCACCACAUAUGUUAAGGUUUCUGAAGAGGACACGAAGGAUGUUUGUGAUGGUAAGCAGGCAACCAGUAUGUCCAGGAAAGAUUCGUUCGGAGAUUUGCUUCUCCAUCUCCCACGAAUCGCAUCUCUUCCGAAGUUCUUGUUUAACAUAUCAGAAGAGGAUGGAGACAGUCAAGCCAGAUAGUUUUUCUCAUGUUUGACAUCAUUUGUCACUUCUCUAAAUGGGCAAGAAUGGAGGUGUAUGGCAAGCUUUCUGAUCAUUGUAAUAUCAUGCCUCCGAGUCUACGUGUAAGCUUAAUAUUUCUACCUUGGGCGACCACUAGGAUUUUGAAAAUUUGUUUUGAUGAGAAGUCCUAGUAAAGCUCCCCCUGUAAAAAAAUGUGUAAUUAUAGGUGUUUACGCGCUACUUUUGUAACGUAUGUCUUGCCUCCAGUAUCUCGUUAAUAGUGUAUCGGCUUGCAAGUAAAUUAUGUAAUAUGUGCCAUCUAAUUAAAUCUCAGGUGUGCGGUUAUAUGUUUUA